AUGCCUGAAGUUAUUCAUUCAACUGAGCGAGUCCUCAUUCUAGAGUACAUGGACGGCGUACGCCUGAACGAUUCCCCUUCAUUAGAUAAACUUGGUGUUGACAAGAAAAAUAUUGUUGAAGAAAUUACACGCUCGUAUGCACAUCAAAUCUUUAUUGAUGGAUUCUUCAAUGCUGAUCCGCAUCCUGGUAAUUUCCUUCAAAAAUGUUUUCUAGCAUCUGCUGAGCUUGAUACUUUUACAGGUGAAAUUAUAUUGUUCUUGCGGGUGCUUAAUUUGCUUGCAGGGCUUUCUGCAGCAUUGAAUGUGAGUGUUAGCUACUACAGAAUCAUUAGACCCUUUGCUGAAUCUGCUCUUGACUGUGACCCAAAUGAGAAAAAAGUAGAUAAAGCAGAAUGGGUAUGUGACACCCCUGUUAAUUCUCAAGUAGAAAAGAAACUCAGGGCUUUAUUAGUUAAACUCGGGAACACGGAUAAAAUACUUGGAAUUCAGGUUUGUGCCUACAAAGAUGGAGAAGUGAUAAUUGAUACAGCUGCAGGGGUACUUGGAAAUUAUGAUCCUUCUCCUGUUCAACCUGAUACCUUAUUUCCUGUUUUCUCAGUAACAAAGGGGGUUACAGCUGGAAUGUUACACUGGCUUGUAGAUAAAGGGCAAGUGGGACUUGAGGAUAAUGUUGUAGACAUCUGGCCAGAUUUCAGUUCAAACAGAAAAGAAUCAAUAAAAGUUCAUCAUGUACUGAAUCAUACAUCUGGAAUGCAAAAUGCUCUGGCCAGCCUUGUGCAAGAUAAUCCAAUGGUGUUAUGCAAUUGGGAUGAAUGCUUGAAACGCAUUGCCAUGGCAGAAGCAGAAUCAGAACCUGGUCAAGAUCAGCAAUAUCAUUACCUAUCUUAUGGUUGGCUUUGUGGUGGCAUCAUUGAGCAUGCAUCAAAUAAAAAGUUUCAAGAUAUCCUUCAAGAAGCUUUCAUUAAUCCGCUCAACAUUCAAGGCGAACUUUACAUAGGAAUCCCUCCAGGUGUGGAAUCACGACUUGCGACACUAACCCUAGAUACAAACGAUCUGAAUAGAUUUGCAGAAAUCGAUAGCCCUACCUCGAUCUCAAGCCCGACCUCUCUCUCUAGUUCCAGUUCUUCCUCCAUAUUCCAGCUCGAUGUUCUCUCCGGUUUAGUUCCGUUAUUCAAUACGCUCAAUGUCCGCCGUGCGAUAUUACCUGCCGCCAACGGCCAUUGCUCAGCUCGUGCACUCGCCCGCUACUACGCCGCCCUUGUCGACGGCGGUGUUGUCCCACCGCCGCAUUCCUCCUCAUCGCAACCACCAUUAGGAAUCCACCCUCAGCUUCCCGGAUCUAUUUCCAUAGCAAUUGCCGAUAAAAAGAAAGGUAGAAAAAAGAAAAAGCCGAAGAAGGAACCAAAGUGUUCCGGUUCCAAUUGUACAAUAAAUCCUGAAAACCCUAGUUGCAGCGGAGAUGUUGACGGAGUUCAUAAAAUUUUCAGCAAUCAAAAAUCGAAAAUCCAUGAUUCAAUUUUAGGGAUUGGUGAGUAUGAGAAAUUGGUUUUUCCAGAUGGGAAAUUUGGGCUUGGAUUCAAGAGGGAAUACACGAGAGAUGGGAUUCUGAUCGGAUUUGGGCAUGCGGGGUUGGGUGGAUCGACGGCGUAUUGCGAUAUAAGCAACAGGUUUGCCAUUUCUGUGACUCUAAACAAGUUGUCGUUUGGGUCUGUGACUAAAGACAUAAUUCAGUUGGUGUGCUCGGAGUUGAACAUUCCGGUACCGGAGGAAUAUGCAGAGUGUAGCUUCACGUCCAUCAAUUGAAGGAUAAAAUAGGGGUUCCAAUAAAGAGAUGACUAGAAGAAGUGUGCGACGUAGUUUUGAAAGAGUUUUGUUUAGUGUGAUCACCAAAGGCGAGCCAUUCUAUCAAAUCUAGCAGUAUCGGGAACCACAGUAGGCUAUAUAAAAAUUGUUGAUAGUUUGUCUAUUUAAUUUGUGUGUCGUAGUAAAAGGAUGAUUCAUUGGCCAUGAUAUGUUAAUUUAAUUAUGUUAAUGUGGAAUAUAGAGCUUCUUCAACCA